AUGACGUCCAAUGUUUUUGAAAAGUUUUGUGAUACGCAAAUUACUUAUAAUUCACAUGUGCUUUCAUCGAUCCUGAAUAAUUUGAAUAAAGAUUUUAAAACUUGUCCUGCUCAGAGCCAUGACGCUUUACCAAAUUCUGAUCGGGUGCAAAUCGAUUUAACCUGCAACGAAGUAAUACCGUUAGAAGAACUCUCAUUUAGUGUAACUGAACAAAAUGAUAUUAGUUCAUCAACGUACGCGUUGCAAUGUGGUUUUGAUUCCGACGACUCUGUGCGUGAUAAAGACUAUCUCCCAUCUGAUUCAAGUAGUGGUUUAAGUGACGACUUUGAAUCAGUUAAACCAAGAAGCCAAAAGUCCCAAGUGUUACAAACAAACAAAAGUUCUAAAAAAAAGGGUUCACGAUCCAUAUUUACACCGGCUGUGGUCAAGUGUGUGGUCACGAAGAGCUUAACUUCAGACAUUCUUGACACUGUUACUUUUAUUCAUGAAAGAAAAAAAAUUGCAGAAUAA